AUGACUAAAUGUGAAAAUCUACGAAUUGGUGAAGAAUUUCUCAUUAGUCAGAACUGGCCUGUUGCAUUGCACAACACAUUGUUUGACCGGUGCUAUUGUGCUCAGUGUUAUCCACCAACCAACCCGGACACAAAUUUGGUUGGUGGUUACACAUAUGUGAUUCCACGGGAAUGGACUCGCUUCGGUAUAUAUGUUGAUGAGCCAUUUGCUACACACCACAAUGUAUGGAAAACAUGGGCUAAUUGCUAUCAUGGAACGAGUAUUGAAAAUGCAAAGUCAAUAGUUGAGCAUCGACAAUUACUUUUACCUUGUGACACAACACUAGAUGCUCCUUCACCCUUAUCAACUUCGUUAUCGAAUGUUCAGUGCCCUGUUUCAUGUUCAAUUCAUUCACAUAUUCCUGCCGUAGAUCUUCUAACAACUAGUAUUUCUUCUCUUGCUCGAGACUUGUCAAACUGUCGUUACUCAUCGACGGAUCUUGUUCGAUGGUAUUUAACACGUAUUGAUGCAGUCAAUCGACGUGGCUCUCAUCCACUUUAUGCUAUCAUAGAAACCAAUCCUGAUGCUCUAACGAUCGCCAAUACACUCGAUCAACAGCGACAAAGGACAGGACUAAGAUCUUCUCUUCAUGGGAUUCCAAUUUUGGUCAAAGAUAACGUAGCAACUCAUGAUAAGAUGCAAACGACUGCUGGUAGUUUGGCUUUGAUUGGAGCUCGUGUUAUUCGAGAUGCUCACGUUGUUGAUCAAUUGAGACAGGCAGGCGCCAUUAUACUUGGCAAAACGUCACUUUCAGAAUGGUCCAAUUUCAGAGCAACAAAUAAAUCAAGAGAAGGAUGGUCACCACGUGGUGGGCCAGUCAGUUCGGCAUAUGUAACCAAUGGCAAUCCUUCAGGAAGUAGUAGUGGUUCAGCCGUUGCUGUUAGUGCUGGGUUAUGUGCAGCUGCAGUUGGUACAGAAACGGCCGGUAGUAUUGUAUCGCCAUCUAGUGUAGCAAACAUUGUGGGUCUCAAACCAACGGUAGGAUUAACAUCCCGUUCCGGUGUUAUUCCAAUCUCACAUUAUCAUGAUUCGGUUGGACCGAUGGGUAGAACGGUCGAAGAUGUGGCGUUGAUGCUAGAAGUUAUGCAGGGUGUUGAUUCUCGUGACGAAGCUACACAGCAAGUGGGUACUACUCGUCAUGGGAAUUAUUCACAAUUUUUGCGUGGUGUCGAAGGAUUACGCGGUCUUCGGUUAGGUAUUGUAACUCAGGGUAUUAACAUGACGAAAAAAUUAGAAGAUGUCGUGGACAAAGCAAUUGCGUUGAUGCGUUUACAUGGAGCGAUAAUCAUUGAAUCAGUGAAUUUUACAAGCAAUAAUGAUAGUCAAAUGUUUGAUGAUUUGUGGUCCCUUUUCUUGAUCACUUUUCCCAAAGAUAUUGCAAAUUAUUUAAUGGAAUUGCGCAAUACAACGAUGCGAUCUUUAACCGAUCUAAUUGAGUUUAAUCUUAAUAAUACGGAUGAAGAAUUUCACCCUCUGUUUGCUCCUAAUCAAUAUAUUUUUGAAUUGAGCAAUAAUUUCACGAAAUCGUUAUCCAUGAAUCAAUCAAGUCUCCUGAAUAAAACUCGACUAUGGGGCGGACAAUUGUCUAUUGAUGCUACUUUAACCAAACAUAAUUUGGAUGCCCUCGUCACACCAGAUGUUUUCAGCCCAUUGACUAUUAUGGCAUCGGCAGCUGGCUAUCCAUUGAUUACUGUUCCAUUGGGUUAUCAUCAAGCGAACGGAGAACCAUAUGGUUUGAUGAUAGCUGGUACGGCUUGGUCAGAAGCUAUGCUUUUACGUGUUGCACAUGGCUUUGAACAAGCAUCACGUGUUCGAGAUCAGCGACGACCAAUAUAUGCUGAACGUGACUGA